UAUCCCACGAUGGAAGAAAUAACUGGACUCACAAAUAUAUGAACCGUUUGAAGGUGCUGCCAUUCGAAGUUGCCGCCGCUGGGGAAGAAUCGCCGCGUGGAAGGUGCUGUCGAAGAAGAAUCGAACGCGAGAGAGAGGCACUGCUCUUCUUUUCCUUCAAUUUAGGUUUUAUUUAACUAAUGGCCAUAGGGACAUUUUUCCUUCCAUUUGUCUUCCCCCCCCACCAAAAAAAAAAAAAAAAAAAGCUUCUUCCCUCUAAAAUGUAUCAUAUUUUUGUCAAUUUCCCAUGACUUUAGGCUUAUCUCUGAGGACCCUUAAAAACCAGGCGAAAAUCACUGUUGGAAACGGCAGAUUUCGGAGUUCUAUACAUCAAAUCAAACAUCCUUUGCAUUCCCAUGGCUCCCUUGACCAUGAAUCUUUUACCCUCUUCUCUAAACUCUCCCGCUCACGUUACGCCCACCAACUGUUCGACGAAAUUCCCCUUAAAGAUAUCUCACACUACAAUCGUCUUCUCUUCGAUUUCUCUCGCAACGAUCAUAAUCGAGAAGCUUUGCAUCUCUUCAAGGACCUUCACUCGUCAGGGUUGGCUGUUGAUGGGUCCACUCUGUCCUGUGCUUUGAAGGUCUGCGGAGUUUUGUUCGAUCAAGUUGUGGGAAGACAGGUGCACUGUCAAUCUUUGAAAUCUGGGUUUCUGGAAGAUGUCAGCGUUGGUACUGCUCUUGUUGAUAUGUAUAUGAAAACGGAAGAUUUUGAAGAUGGCAGAGGAGUCUUUGAUGAAAUGGGUAUAAAAAAUGUUGUGUCAUGGACUUCAUUGAUGGCUGGAUAUGCACGCAAUGGGUUGAACGAUGAAGCUAUACAUUUGAUUAAUCAAAUGCAGAUGGAGGGUGUGAAGCCAAACGACUUUACUUUUGCAACUGUUCUUGGAUCUUUGGCUGAUGAGAGUAGGAUUGAGGGAGGAGCUCAAGUUCAUGCCAUGAUAGUAAAGAAUGGGUUUGAGUUAACCACAUCUGUAUGCAAUUCUUUGACAUGUAUGUAUCUAAAAUCUGAAAUGGUUGGAGAUGCUGAAGCUGUUUUUGAUAGUAUGCUUGUUAGAGAUCCAGUCACUUGGAACAUUAUGAUUGCUGGUUAUGCAGCCAUUGGGUUUGAUUUAGAAGGCUUUGAAAUGUUUCAUCGAAUGAGACUUGCAGGUGUUAAGCUCAGCCAUACUGUAAUUUGUACUGUUCUAAAGCUAUGCUCUCACCAGAGGGAAUUGAGUUUCAUCAAACAGCUGCAUUGUGGGGUGGUGAAAAAUGGCUAUGAAUUUGAUCACAAUGUCAGAACAGCACUCCUGGUCACUUACAGCAAGUGCAGCUCAGUGGAUGAAGCUUUCAAGUUGUUCUCCAUGGUGGAUGGGGCUCAUAAUGUUGUAACCUGGACAGCCAUGAUUGGUGGGUUUGUGCAGAAUAACAACAACGAGAAGGCGGUUGAUUUAUUUCGUCGAAUGAAUAGGGAAGGCAUAAGACCAAACCAUUUCACCUACUCCACGGUCCUUGCAGGUAAACCUUCUUCAUUACUUGGCCAACUUCAUGCACAAAUCAUUAAAGCUGAUUAUGAGAAAGUACCUUCAGUAGCUACUGCUCUUUUAGAUGCAUACAUUAAGACGGGGAAUGUCGUUGAGAGUGCACAAGUUUUUUAUUCUAUUGAUGCGAAGGAUAUUGUUGCAUGGUCAGCCAUGUUAAGCGGUUUAGCUCAAACAGGAGAUUUUGAAAAGGCUAUGGAAGUAUUCAUUCAAUUGGUGAAAGAGGGAGUGAAACCAAAUGAGUACACCUUUUCUAGUGUCAUCAAUGCAUGCUCAUCCCCUGCAGCAACAGUAGAACAUGGUAAACAAAUUCAUGCAACUGCAGUGAAAUCAGGAAAGAGUAAUGCUUUAUGUGUAAGCAGUUCUUUGCUCACAAUGUACUCCAAAAGAGGUAAUAUUGAGAGUGCAAAUAAGGUUUUCAGUAGACAAGAGGAGAAAGAUAUAGUUUCAUGGAACUCAAUGAUCACUGGAUAUGCCCAACAUGGUGAUGCCAAGAAAGCUCUUGAGGUAUUUCAAGUUAUGCGAAACCAAGGAUUACCAAUGGAUGAUGUAACAUUCAUUGGAGUUCUUACUGCUUGUACUCAUGCAGGCUUAGUGGAAGAAGGUGAAAAGUACUUCAAUAUUAUGAUCAAUGAUUGCCAUAUUGAUCAAACAAUAGAGCAUUAUUCAUGCAUGGUUGAUCUAUACAGUCGAGCCGGAAUGUUCGACAAAGCUAUGGGCAUCAUGAAUGAAAUGCCAUUUCCUGCUAGUCCAACAAUGUGGCGGACUCUGCUGGCGGCCUGUCGUGUUCACCGUAAUCUAGAGUUCGGAAAACUUGCUGCAGAAAAGCUCAUCUCACUUCAGCCGAACGACUCGGCCGCAUAUGUCCUGUUAUCCAACAUCCAUGCUGUGGCUGGCAAUUGGCAAGAGAGAGCCCAGGUGAGGAAACUGAUGGAUGAUAGGAAGGUGAAGAAGGAAGCUGGGUGCAGCUGGAUUGAGGUAAAAAACAGGAUUUUCUCAUUCUUGGCCGGUGAUGUUUCACAUCCAUUUUCUGAUGUUCUUUAUGCGAAACUUGAAGAGCUAAGUAUUAAGCUAAAAGAUAUGGGUUAUCAGCCAGAUACAAAUUAUGUUCUUCAUGAUGUAGAAGAGGAACAUAAAGAAGCCAUUCUCUCUCAACAUAGUGAGAGACUAGCAAUUGCUUAUGGAUUGAUUGCUCUUCCACCUGGAGCUCCAAUUCAGAUUGUGAAAAAUCUAAGAAUUUGUGGAGAUUGUCACACUGUAAUUGAGUUAAUAUCGUUGAUUGAAGAGAGAGCUUUGAUUGUCAGAGAUUCAAACCGGUUCCACCAUUUCAAAGGAGGAGUUUGCUCUUGUGGGGGUUAUUGGUACCAUCACAAUGAGCUUGUGCUUCAGAGAUUUUCCAUUUUGAUUUUGAAGAUUUGGAUGAAGAUGAUUCGCAAAGUGUGGAUUUAGAAGUUGAUAUUUACUUACUGGAGCCUUGUGUUAAACGUGAGGAUAACUUUGAUAUCUUAGAUUGGUGGAAGGGAAAUUCUUCUAGAUAUAAGAUUCUUAGCAAAAUUGCACGAAAUCUUUUAGCAGUUUCGGUAUCCACAGUUGCUUUUGAGUCUGCAUUCAGCACUAGUGGGAGAGUAAUUGAUCCUUUUCGUACCUCAUUAUCUCCAACCACUAUUGAGGCACUUGUGCACAAAACUGGUUACGUUCUGAACAAAUUAGCAUUGGUUUACGACAAUACUUGGAGGAAAUUGAAGAUGAAGAGGAAGGUUCGUAUAUUCUAAACAUAUUUAUAUAUAUAUUUUAACAUAUUUAUUCAUAUAUUUAUUAUAGUAACUACUAACAAGUUUAUGGUUUGUUUCUUAAUCUUUAUAACGGGAUUGAACGGAGCGGCAAAUGCAAAAAAUAAGGAGAAGGAGAAUCAUGAUUGACAAGCGAACAAAUUUGUUUGUAUUGAUUGAACUUUUAAAAUUCAGCACUAGUGUUUAGCUUGUUAUUUGCUUUUAUGUGACUUAGACUUUAGUUGUUUGAAAUUUGUGUAUUGUGUACUUUGGAGAACUUUUUAGUUUUUAA